AUGGAGGAGGUGGAGGUGGCCAACAGGGCCGCGGUAGAGAGCUGCCACCGGGUGCUGGCCUUGCUCUCGCAGCAGCAGGACCCGGCCCUGCUCAAGAGCAUAGCGUCAGAGACGGCCGAAGCCUGCGCCAAGUUCAGGAAAGUUGCCACCCUCCUCGGCGGUGGCGGUGGCAGUGGCAGUGGCGGCGGCCAUGCUAGAGGCAGGUUCUCCAGACGAGUCCGGCCUAUGGGGCUCGUCAACCAGAAGAGCCCCUUGGGGACCGGCGGCGGCAACCCGCUGGAGAUGAUGCCCAGCACAGCUGCUGCUGCGGCGGCGGCUCCGUCUCCAUCUCCGUCCACUAGCUAUGCGCAAAUGCGCGCUCGGCUUAACGGUGUGCCAGACUCGCGAGGGCUGGAUUUGGUGGCCUGCUCCAGCAGCAAGAGUGUCGGCCCUCAUUCAUUCGGAGCCCCCAAGCUGGUGCAGCCGCUGUCUGUGCAGUUCCAGAUUGGGAAUGUUGCGCAUCGGUACCCGUUCCACCAGCAGCCCCCGUCGCGGCAGAAGCUGCAGGCCGAGAUGUUCAAGAGGAGCAACAGCGGGAUCAGCCUCAAGUUCGAGAGCCCUAGCCCCAGUGGUGGCGCUGCGGGCACGAUGUCGUCCGCGAGAUCAUUCAUGUCGUCCUUGAGCAUGGAUGGGAGCGUGGCUAGCUUGGAGGGGAAGCGGCCGUUCCAUUUGGUAGGCACCCCGGUGGCGAGCGACCCGGCAGAUGCCCACUGUGCGCCCAAACGGCGGUGCACGGGUAGAGGGGAGAAUGGAAAAGGCAAGUGUGCCACUACCGGCAGGUGCCAUUGCUCAAAGAGAAGGAAACUGCGGAUUAAGAGGUCGAUUAAAGUGCCAGCCAUUAGCAACAAAAUUGCUGAUAUACCUCCUGAUGAGUACUCGUGGCGGAAGUACGGGCAGAAGCCAAUUAAGGGUUCCCCCCACCCGAGGGGUUACUACAAAUGCAGCAGCGUCAGGGGCUGCCCGGCAAGGAAGCACGUUGAGCGAUGCGUAGACGACCCAGCGAUGCUAAUCGUGACAUACGAAGGCGAGCACAAUCAUAACCAGUUGCCAGCACAACCUGCCCAGACCUAG